AUGUCUGAGGAACACACAGGCAAGGUCGACUUCAAAGUUGGCUCUGAUACUUUUCAGACAUGGUACAAGAUCUACGGCGACCUCAAGUCCUCGGCAAAACGCCCACUGGUGAUACUUCACGGCGGACCAGGAAUGACUCAUCAUUAUAUGCUGCCCCAUAAAUCGCUCUAUUUCAAAGCAGGAAUCCCAGUCGUCUUUUAUGAUCAAUUGGGCAAUGGCGAAUCCUCACAUUGUAAAGGUGUAUCUCCAGACUUCUGGACCCCCGAGCUGUUUAUGGAUGAAUUGGAUAACCUCCUAAAAGCGCUUAAAAUAAACGACGAUUUCGACCUGCUUGGACAGUCCUGGGGAGGUAUGCUUGCAGGACACUAUGCCGCUGCACGCUCUCCCCCCGGACUGAAGAGGCUCAUUAUCGCCAACUCUCCUGCAUCUAUGGCGCUCACACAGGAGGGAACGGCCAAGUUGCUUGAUAAGUUCCCUCCGGAGUUCGUGGCGAUGGUUAGAAAACAUGAGGCCGAAGGUACAUGCGAAUCCCCAGAAUAUCAGGCGGCCACGAUGCAGUUUUAUCAAAAGCACAUUUGCACUUUGAACCCAUGGCCAGAGGAACUUAAUGCCUCCUUUGGCGCCGUCGCACAGAACCCGACGGUUUAUUCCACCAUGGUCGGUCCUUCUGAGUUCAACGUCAUUGGAAGCCUCAAGACCUGGUCGAUUGUGGACAUUCUACAUAAGAUAACCAACCAGACACUUCUGAUAUCGUCACCGGAGGAUGAGAUACAGGAAUGUGCAGUCCUUCCGUUCUUCACGCAGAUUCCCAAGGUCAAAUGGGUGGAACUGCAAAACAGUACACAUUUAGCCAUGUUCGAGGAGCCAGAGAGAUACAUCGGUGUCAUUUUGAACUUCUUGGAAAACACAAGCGCAUGA